GGUACACCAUGCACAUAAAACUAUUUAUUAGUAUAAAAGUAGUUACUAAUGAUAUGCUUAACAUUAUAUUGUGGUAUAAUCAUUGAUUUUUAGAUAAAACAAUAAAAUGGUACAGUUAGAGUUAAGAAAAGUGUUAGCUAUCUCAGCAGAUGAUAUGAAUGAACAGGAUUUAGAACAGUGGUAUGAGGAAGUAACUGUAAAUGAAUGUGAUCAAUUAGAUUUUGAAUUGAACCAACAUCAAUGUAAAAAUAUGUUCUACAUUUUUCGACGAUUGUUACUAUAUAAAGGAGAACAAGUUGAUUCGUUGAUGACAGAAAUUGAAGAUUUAGCUACUAAACAAGGUGAAGAAGAAGCAAGAAGGUUACAAAAAAAAGAAGAAAUUAAAGCUCUCAAUGUGGAUGAUUUAACUCAAAACGAACAAAUAGAGUUGAUUCGAAAAGAGUUAACUAAAUUGGAAGUAGAAAAUGAACGUUUAUCGUCUGAUGUACAGCAACAAAAACAAGAAGUUGAUUUCAAAGUUAAAGAACUCGAUAAGAUGGCAACACAGUUAUCAAAAAUUGAAAGUGAAAGAGAUUUUCUUCGUCGAGAACUUGAUGCUGUACAAAAUGAUAUUGCUGAACGUGAACUCGACGAUCAGCCGGUUGUAGAUAACUUGACCAUGGCUGAAAGGUUUAGAGACUUAACAGAAUCAGUUAGACAAAAGAAUCAUCAUAUCACACAACUGCUUAAUGACAUCGAGGCAUCCGAAAAAGAUAAUAAAAUGUUAAGACAAAUGCUAACAAAUACAAGAGAUGAGCUUCGAGAUGCUACAGUACAACUGAACACAUUAAGUGCUGAAUUUGGAAAUAUGAAAUGUUUACAAGACGAAUACACGGAUAGGAUCAAAGUGUUAGAACUAAAUGACAAAGGACUCCGUAGUCAAAUUUCUGAGCUAGUUGCUGAAAAAGAAAAAUGUGAAGAACAAAUUGAAGAACUAGGUGAAGAACUCGAAUCUAGAAUAAAAAAGUUUACGGAAUUAUUAUCAAAAAAGAACGAAGAAAUAACGAACUAUAAAUCACGAAUUGGAUCAACGGAUUCAAUUGAAAAUCAAAACGAAUAUCUAGCAAAUCUUCAAGAGACUGUUGCUAGACAAGAAGAUCAAAUAAUGGAAUUUCAAAAACAAAUUCAUCAAGCAACUAAUGAUUUGAACCGAAGUUCAAUUGCACUCGAAAGACAAAAAAAAUUAUACAAUGAAUUACUAAUUAAAAAUAAAGAAUCUCCUGAAUUAAAACAAUUACGAAAUAAAUUAUUCGAGACUCAAGAGCAGCUAGAAUUAGGUUUAGAAAAGAUUCAAAGAGCAGAAGAAGACGCUACUGAGAAAUCAAAACAAAUAAGCAAAUUAAUAAUACGAGUUCGUGAACUUGAAUCUGGUGAAUAUGGUUUGGAAGAGGCAACAGAAAAAAUAAGAAAAUUAAGACAAGAAUUAGAUACACGAGAUAAUCAAAUUAAAGAUCUUAUCGAUUCAAGUAAUCAACUUCAUCAAGAAGCUGAUCUUUUAGAACUUGACAAUUUGGCUAUGAGAGAAAAAUUAGGACUAUCCGUAGAUGAUGUUGUGAGAUCAAAAGGCAUGAUGGCUCGACAUAAAGAAGCACAGACCAAAAUAACUAUGCUACAGAAAGAACUUGACGAAUGCAAAGAAAUUAUUAUUAAUCUCAAGUUAAAAAAUCGUAGUUUAAAUAAAUCUACCGAUUCUGAUAAAUACCUUCAUUCAGAUGAAGAAAGUGAUAAAGGACAGAACCAAAUUCAAUCAGAAAUGUCCAAAUUACAAGAAAUAGAUAUUGGUCCAGAACUUGAAGAUAAUGUAAAAGAAUUGAUUGAAGAAAAUGAAUCUCUUAGAAAAGGGAUGCAUGAAAUACUUGAUAGUGUACAUAACCAAGAUGGAUCAAGUGUCGUUCGAAUUGAAUGUAAAAGUUUGGAGAAACUAUUAGAAGCUAUGGAUGCUAGACAUGUAGCUGGAUGGUAUCAACCUGGUAUGCGAUUAUUAGCACGGAUUAAUAAUUUGGAGGGUGUAAACUCAAACUUAAGGCAUCAACUUCAUUCUCUACAUGAUGUACUGACUGAAAUCAAACAAGAACUUUUCAAUACACAGAAUGAAGUAAAACUUAAAAAAUGUAAUACAACUGAAGAAGUAAAAGAAGAUGAACUUUCAGAGAAUCUUAAAGAAUUACAGAAUGAGCGAAACAAAUCUCUUAAACUAGAAGAAGAAGUAAAAUUAUUUCAAAAUAAAUUUCAAAAUUUGCGAGAUGAAAUGAAACUAGUAAAUGAUGAAUAUGAUAAUGAAAAAUGUAGAAUAAAAUCGCUAGUCGAUAAAUUAGAACUAGAACUGAAAGCAGUAAGUAAUAAUGAAAACGACUUAAAAGAACGUUACACUGAAUUAGAAAAAUCAUGGAAAGCAUUACUCGAAGAUCCUGAUCAGAUUAAACGUCAGCUUUCCUAUAAUGUCAUUAAAGUUACAGGUUUGAUGGAGGAAUUACAAGUGUGUAAACGAAUGUAUCAAUGUUGUCUUGAAACUGAACAACUUUUAAAGAAAGAAAAGCAAAAGGCUGUGGAAGACAUUUGGGCCAUUAAAACAGCAAAUAGCAAUGAAAUUGAGAAAUUAUUAGAAAUUCAAGAACAUCAAAAGAAUGAAUUAAAUAAGUUAAAUGACCAAAUGAAAAAUGUUGUUGAUAUUAAUGAACAUAAGCAAUUAAAAAAUGAUUUUGAAAUUCUAACUGCUAAACAUAGAGAAACAUUACACUUGGUUCUGUUCAAGGAAGAUACAUUAAAACUAGCAAUAGAAAGAUUAAUGACCGAAGUAACUAUUUUAAAAGAUCAAAGACAAAAUGUUGUAAUUGAAGUUGCCACAUUUUAUGAAACUGAUGAUGAAUUAACAUCCUUGAAGGCAGAGAAUGUUAUUUAUAAACAAAGAACAGAACAUUCUGAAAAGAUGUACUCGCUUUUAAAAGAUCAAAUGGAAGAAAUGGAAUCUAGAUGUAAAAGUCUUGAGCAAAAUCUGAGUAAUAUGCUAGAAGUAAAUUUACAAUGUCAGACUGAGGAAGUGCGUUUACGUGAAAGAACAGUGAAUAUGAUAGAUGAAUCAGAGUAUGCACAGAUGGCUGAUAAAUUAAAAGAUGCUCAAAAUAAUUUAGAAGAAGCUGUUAAUGAACGAACUAGAUUAUUAAGAAUAUUAGAGAUAACUCAAAAUCAAGUACGUGAUCUUGAACAACAUCACAAACGACUAAAUCAUCAGCAUGAUGUAAUGCAAAGACGUGUCAUCGAGUUACAAGCUUUAAGUGACGAAAAGUCAACGAUUGACAAAUUAAUGCGUGAGAUUGCCAACCACGAAGCCGUUCAGAUGACAUCUGCUGUUGAAGAGACAAAACUUAAAACUAUAAUUCAAGACCAACAAACCGUAAUUGCAGGUUUAGAAUGUAAAAAUGACAGAAUUUCAGAACAGCAUGAUUUAAUCACUGAACGUUAUAGAACAAAAAUAGCUCGAUUGGAAAAAAUCAUUUUUGAACUACAAAGACGCUAUCAUGGAACAAUACCAUUAGUAACUGAACAGAUUUGGGUUCAACACAAACAAAAACUUGAAGAAGCGUUUACAAUUACUUAUAGGAAGUGGCUUUAUGACCAUGAGCCAAGCAAUGUCAAUGAAAUAGUGUUUAUUCCAACAAAAACAUCUGAAGAUUAUCGUUCAAAAUAUACACAAUUAAAAUUAAAGCAACUUAAAGUAAAAUUAACUUGUGAUGAUUUAUACAAGAAAAACCAACUUUUUUUGGAAUGUAUUGAAAAACAAAACUGUUUUAUCGAAAGCCUUGAAAAAGAAAUUAUGCGAAUGGACUCUGAUUGUAUGAGUAAUUAUUUAUCAUGGGGAAUUCAAGACUUUUGUAUAGAUACAAAACAACAAACAAAAAAACUUGAUAAACAGAUUAGUGUACAGUCUGAAAAUAGUUUUAAAUAUUUUGAAGGAAAGUUGGAAGACCUUAAUAAGCAAUUAGAAAUGGCAAAUAACAAUAUUCUAAUUGAAAAAGAAAAUAAUAAUUCUGCGAUUCAAAAACUACAAAUGACAUUGAAAGAAUUAGAAAAUACAAAAGCUCGUUUAGAAAAAGAAAUAAUUGAAAAAGAUGAUCAUAUAAGAAAGUUGGCCAUUGAAUUAGCAGCUAAUAAUGUAUCUGAAACAAAUUCACAAAACCCUGCUUUAUUGGCUACAAUAGAAAGUUUAGAAACGAUUAUUAAUCAGAAAGAAGAAACCAUAAAUAGACUUCAGGAGUUAUUAAAAGAAAGUCGAGAAGAUCAUACUAAGGAGAUAAUUGAAUUGCAAAAAAAAACCGAAGCACAACAUUUUGAUAAUAAAGAGAAACCGUCAAAAGAUAUUUCAUCUCCUGUUCACUCCAUCAACAUUAAAUCAGUUGUAAAUCAGUACAUGUUGCGGAUAACUGAUCUGGAAGAUAGACUUAAGCAAUCUGAGGAUGAAUUAAAUCAAGCAAAUUCUGAAAAAGAGCACUGGAGUGGUGUAGCUGAAAGAAGACUUAAAGAAAUGGAGCAAAUGAAAUCUGAAGAUGACUCAAAAGAAAAAGAUGCAGAAAUUAUUAGACUUAAUGAAAUAAUAAUUGGAUUACAAAACAGAAAAGAUACAUUGCCAGUUCAAAGAGAUCGAUUAAGAGUAGAAAUAGAUAAAAUGAAAAAGAAAUUGAAUGAAUAUGAAAGACGUGAAAAGGAAGACAAAAUCGAAAUACAAAAGUUAAGACAACAAAUAAUUUACCGGCCCUCCACUGGAGGAAAACGAGACGAGACUGUAUCAGUAGUUAAAGAAGAAGGACUGAUAAAAAAAAUUAAAACAUUAGAAUUACAACUUGAUGAAUAUAAAAAAAAAGAAGAACAAAACAAGAUGUUACGAAAAUUAAAGUCAGAUGAACAAGUUGGUAAGUGGGAAGUUAAUAAACGGCGUCAAGUAUCAUAUGAAAAACUACAAAAUCAAUUAUUAGAAAUGACUAGAGAAUGUGAUUCAUUUCGUUUAACUAACCAGAGACUAAGAGAUAAUUUAACUCGAAUAGAAAAAGAUAGAAAUGCUCUGGAACUAAAACUUAAAUCAGCUAAUGCUGCGGCAAAAUCGUGUGCAUUGGAAAAUAGUUUAGUCGAUCAACUAACUUUAGAAAAAGAUAGACUGUCUCAUGAAUUGUAUACCCUGCGUACUGCUAAAGAAAUGAUGGCGGGUGGUUCAUCACUAGCCGAAGUUGUUAUCGAACUUCGUCGCAAAAUUUCAACAUUGGAGUUAUUGCAGAAAGGUGGAAACAAUGCUUUAAUUAAGGAAGUGGAAAUGCUAAAAGAUAGUAAAAGUAGAUUAAUGAAAACUAAAGCUGUUCUUGAAGAAGAAAAUAAUAGGCUAAAAAAAUUAGUUGACCGAUUGCAUUCAACAGAUAAUUUUAAUUUUAGGAGUGGUGUAUCCAGUUUAAGUUCAGAUAGCGAUUAUCCUGAUACGGAUAAGAAGCGUACAAAAAAAUUAGAACGCUUAGUGAUUAUGUUAAGAACUGCUGUAGAUAAACUAAAAGAAGAAAAUAAAAACUUAUCUCUUGAACGUGUAGUUACUAAUACUGAUGACAAUAGUUAUGUGGAAAAAUUGCAAAGUGAACUUCAGGCUACACAAAGCUUUUACUUGGAUGCUAGUGAAAAAUGUUCUCAAUUAGAACAACAAUUACAUGACUAUCGUUUACAGCAUGAAGCUAUUUUGACAGAAAAUGAUAAUUUAAAGAAUCAGCUGGAAAAGAAAUCUUCAUUAUUGAACAAAACAAAGACAAUGUUACAAAGAGCAGCUUCCAGAGAACAACUGCUAAUAAUGGGACCUAGCAAUCAAAGAUUAAUUAAUAAUACUACUUUAAUUGAUUAAUUAUUAAUUUACUGUUCAGUUUUUCGCUGUUUUUUUUUUUUUUUUUUUUAAUAAUUGAUAAUACAUUUUCAUUUACCUAAACUGUGUUCUUACACUUCAUUUAACUUUUAU